UUAGGGAAAACAAUAUGGCGGAAUUAUUGAAAUUAAUUUAAGGUCAUUCCUGAUAACUACUCAUACAUGUUAUACAAUUCUAUGUAACACUCUAAAGGAACUAUAUCCGGUUUUCAAAAGCGGGCUUUUUUUAUAACUUCCAAUAGGCCACGUGAUUAUGAAAUUAACUGUUUUUCCCCCAUUAAGUCACAUGACCAUAUUCUAUUAUCGACUAAGCAAGCAGAGCUACUUGUGAUGUGAUUGGUGAAGUUGAGGAAUUACUAAAGGUAAAAUAGUUAUUAUCAUUUGAAAGUUUCCUGCUUCCCCUGCGUUUUAUUUAAUGAGAAUGUUUGUACCGCCUAUUAAUUUCCUUAUUGUUAUUUAAAAAGAAGCAUUUUAAUGAUACGCUAUUAACAAAUGAAAAUUUUCUUGUUAAAGCUGUUUCUUGGCUUUUCAAAGUAUGACUUCAGAAAGAGAUAUGUUUAAUACAGAAAGAGUAUUAUAUUGCACUGAAGAUUAUAUCCAAUUAUCUUGUUUACUUUUAUACAUGAUACAGUUUAGAUAAUGAAAAGAGAAUACUUCUUAUGUCAUUUAAUUACGUAAUUAUAAAAUGAUAUGAGCGUUUUUGAAAAGCAGCUUUUUUUUGUUUGAGAAAGUUUACUUGAUACUUAUAAAUUUGGUCUGUAUAUAUUCAUCAGCGCGAGAAAAUAUUUCCGUUUCCUUACAGCGGAACUCGAACCACUUUUUAUAAGACAGCAAACAUGGUGGACAAACGGCGCCACUGCAGCUGUCUAUUUUAGAACAUGAUCGAAGUAAAAUGCAGGUGUUUGUCAAUUUAUAAAUGGAUAUCAAAUGCAGUCGGGUAUGUCUGCUAAAGCAUCUUUUUAACCUCAUUCAUUCUCUUAUUUAUUCCUAAAAUUGACUUGACAUUAAUAGUUUGCAAUCGUUAUUUCCACUAAUAAAUUCAUAUUUUUAUGAUUUAUAUUUCGUCUUAUUUUCAUAAUGGACAUUUAUUAUGAUACUUCACUGAGAUUUAUAGUCAAAUAACAAACUAUGUAAAAGAACUUAACAUAAAUAAAUACCUCACUCGAAUAAUCAAUUAAGUUCUGCUAGUUCGAUUGAUUCAAAAAAAAAGAAGAGAAAAGGGAAAUGUGAUAUUUAAAUUAGCAUUUGCUAGCGAGACGUAGCUUUAUUGAACUAUUUGAAUUAUAACAACUAAAAAUAAACCAUCCAGAGAACAUAUCUUUAAUAAUUCAAUAAUAUCAGAUGUGAGAAGAAACUGAAUAAAUUUGUUUGACUACGUGUGACUGACAUACACUCUAUUUAAAGUACAUUUUCGCAAGCGAUAGACAACAGAGUUCUCUUUUUACAAUGAAGUUUUCACUGAUCGUUCAUUUAUUAUAGGAUCUUUCUUGGUAGAGGUUUAAAAAGCUACAGCAGAAUACAAUUAAUUCUUUACUGAGAGAUGAGCUUUCUAAGGUAUUCUGACAGCAUAUGCUUUUGAUUAUAUAGUUGAUCUACAAGUGGCAUAAUUAGAUAAGAUAACAGAUUAAAUCAGAUAAUGAGUAAACUCGAAGAUUAUUCUCUGUAAAUUAAAUAAGUAUAAUUAACUAAUAAUUCAAAUACUUUUAUGAAACAUUUGAGGAGAGAAUGGAAAGACUUCACCUCUAUCACGAACGCCAUGGAAAGAGAUCAUUACGUUUACUGGGUAAUGUCCAUGGUUAUUUUGAAUAUAUUUCUUUUAAUGUACAAUUUCGAAAAGGAACGACAGAUGUUCGUAGCGGAAUAUUGAACUACUUUUUUUUCCAUAAAGCUUUGUUAAAUUCAACCUGUUUCACAACACAUUGCAUUCAUAUUCCACUAACGUUAUAUAUCUACCCCUCCCUUCCCUCUCCUCUUUUAACCUUAUAUCCCGUCUGCUUUUGCUGUCAUGCCCAAAUGUAUUUGGAAAAUCGUAGGUAAAUCUAUGCCUCAUUAUUGACUUUGUCAUUUUUGCAGCGGAAAAGUUUAUCAACAAGCAGUUUACUGACAAAGCAAGACUAAUAGUAUCAAGCAAUGUAUGGAUGAAUCAAAUACCAACCAAAGAGUGUGACGUUCUAAUCACAUUUCCCAAGUCAGCUCAGGAGGAGACGGUUAAGUGGUUAUUGCAAUGUUUUAGAGGUCGAGUUCCCGAGCUUAUUGUUCGAGUGAGAUAUCACAACAACACUAAAAUUUGGGGAUUGUAUUUUACAACCAACAAUAGAAGCUUAUUAAGAGGAGCAGAAAUUCACGGCUUAAUAAAAGAGGUAAAAGUCGAAUUUGGUGGAGGAAAAAGAGAAUUCACAGUCGAUGAGAAAGAAAUAUUCCUGCAUAAUGACGAUAUCGAUAGGCUUUUAACAAGCGAAGAACGCCAAUGCAUAGUUCGAUCAAUGAUUGAUAAUUUAAGAGCAUUAAAAAAUGAAACAUGUGGAAAUAUAAAAUUUCUUCAGGGUCAAGCUAUAGUUCCACUUUUGGAGUCAAAAGGAAUUAUACAGCACGUGCUUCCCAUUCAUGAUUCCAAGGAUUUAUCAUUUUUGAAAAAUGCAUGGGUAAAGAAAUUCUGGAAGAACCAACCCCUAAAUAAAAUAGCUGAAUACUUUGGCAUUAAGAUUGGAAUGUAUUUUGCCUACCUUGGACAUUAUACUAAAGCUUUAUUAUUACCUACAAUAAUUGGUAUCAUUAUUUGGGCAAUUGCUGGAAAAGAACAGAAAAUAGAUGAUCUUUUAUUUGUUAUAUUCGCUUUCAUCAAUGUUGUUUGGUCGACACUCUACUUAGAGCAUUGGAAAAGACGUAGUUCAGAAAUUGCCUAUGAAUGGGGAACUUUAGAUAAAGAGGACGAUUUAUUAGUAGAACCAAGACCUUUAUAUAAAGGAAAUCUGAUCCAGAAUCCCGUUACGAAUAGGACAGAGAGGCAUUACCCAGCAUGGAAGCGCAAUCUCUUUCGUUAUUUUGUGACGGUACCCGUAAUUUGCAUUUCUCUUGGAGUCGUGUUUGGAGUUAUGCUGUUAAUAUUUAUGGUUCAAGAUUGGAUUAAUCUCAAAAUUUCCAAAGGAUUUUUGCCUUCUUUUACCAAGUUUCUUCCUAAAGUUGCUUUAGCCCUUUCAAUAGGAAUUUUGGAUAAUGCUUAUAAAAAAAUUGCAGUGUGGUUAAAUAACAAAGAAAAUCAUCGAUUGGACGAUGAACACGAAAACCAUUUGAUUAUAAAGCUUAUAUUGUUUCAAUUUGUCAAUUCAUUCCUUUCUCUUUUCUAUAUUGCAUUCUACCUUCAAGAUAUGAAUCGUCUAAGAGAGCAAUUGGCCGCUUUGCUUAUAACUCGUCAAGUAAUUGGAAACAUUAAAGAGGCUCUCUUACCUUAUGUAAAAAAUCGUAUAAAACUGUUUAGGAUUGGAUAUGAAAUGACCUCUGAUAUUAGUCCAAAUACGUUGACAAAGCAAGCGACGGAAAUUAAAGAGAAAAUAGUUUCUAGAGUUGAAACUGAGAUCAGACACAGAAAACCAGAAAAACUAGAGAACGUUAAGCCUGAAAGUUCGGUGGAAUAUUCCGGUCCAACCCUGUCUCAAGCAGAGAUCGAAGCUAGCAUGGAAAAGUAUGAAGAUACUUUUGAAGAUUAUUUAGAAAUGUUUAUACAAUUUGGGUAUGUGGUUUUGUUUUCUUCGGCUUUUCCUCUAGCGGCACUGUGUGCCUUCCUAAAUAAUGUUAUUGAGAUACGAUCGGAUGCCUUUAAGCUCUGUCAUACCUUUCAAAGACCAUUUGGCCAACGAGUUCAAAAUAUAGGAACAUGGCAGGAUGCUCUGGAAGUGAUGAGUGUAACAGCCGUGAUAAUAAAUUGUGCUCUUAUUGGGAACUCUGGCUUGGCUCACAGACUCUUUCCUAAUUUUGGUACAACCGAAAUGAUUGUUCUUAUAGUUGCUUUGGAGCAUAUCAUUCUCGCAUGCAAAUUUCUUUUGGCUUAUGCAAUACCUGAUAUUCCGCAUUGGAUUGCCCAAGAAAAGGCUCGUCUGGAAUUUUUGAGGAGAGGGGCUUUCAAAACUUUGGAAAGCAAGGUACAAAACCAAUCAUCUAUUGAUCACGGAAACUCACCCGUACAUAAUCAAGACUCCCCAUUAGAAAAUUGUGAUAAAUAUUCAAAAAGAUAUGCCGAGAAGGACAUUCAGUGAAAAGAGUGUAGUCAUUUUGAAAAUUAUUUUAAUCCUUAACCUUUACCUUCUAGUCUUCUAAAAGAAUUAAAAUUUAAUUUAACUGCUCACCAAAACAAAAUUUGCUAUUUUCUCGUAUUUUGUUAUUUGUUCUAAUAAUACUUUUUCUUCUUUUUUUUCUCGCUUGAAUACUCGUCGAGUAGUGCUUAAUCACGUAAAUCUGCAUUAAAAAAUUUACACUUUUCUCUGCUAAUUACAGUAAGAUAUUAAUUUUUUCGAAUUGGUCAGUCUUUUAACUCUCUGGUCGUAUUAUUACAUUUAUUAUAAAUGAUAUGUAAGUUUUUUUUGUUAAAUUUUCAAAAGUUAUAUAAUUGUACAAAAAGAAUCCUGCUUAAAGAAAAAAAACUUGUACAAUUGUCGUUCACCGUCUCAUUUUUUAUUUAAUAAAGAACAUAAAAUUUGCAAUAAA